AGUUGACAUGUUAUGAUGUGACUUGUGACAAACAAACUUUUUAUUUUUUUGUUUGGUGUAUUUGAAAAAGUAGUGAAUAUAUUUUCUUUAGGUAUAUCCUUCAUAAUGAUCUAGUAUUUUCAUGAAUUUUGGGAGGAAUACUUGGUAUAAUCUGUGAUUUAAAGGAUAAUUAAUGUGAAUGGUGUAAACUUGUGAAUAAUACCUUGUUUAUUGAGAAAAAUAUUGUGUUUUUUAUUAUUUUUACUAUAGAAACUACCUUUUCAGGGAUGUGGACUAUUUUUGGGAAAGUGUUUAAAACCAUGCAGAAGUACCAAAUAUAACCCAAACUAUUUAUAUUUUUUUUUAUUACAAGUAAUACGUUUAAAAUAAUUUCAAAUUCCAUUUCAAAUUUCGCGCCAAAACGCGGAUACCUGUCAAUCACCCGUUGUGACAUCACUUGUUGCCAAAGAGUGUCGAAGUUGUAUGUAAUGAUAUUUAUUUCGUAGUUACGUGAUAAUAAUAUGAAUAUAUUUUAUAAAAGUUGUGCGGUGCCGCAGUGUUUAAAUACAACUAUUAAAACACCUGAAAAACUGUUUCUUCACGUUCCACGAACAAAAGCGUUGCGGAAAAUGUGGCUUCAAUUAGCCCGUCGGGAUCCGGCACGCAUAUCUACACAAAGUAAAAUGUAUUUCUGUGAGGAUCAUUUUGAUAUUGAAAAUGACAUUGCCAAUUACCGUCAGUAUAUAAUGGGGUUCAGCAGGCAUAUGAUUUUAAAAGACAAAGUUUUGCCAUCAAAAUUUCAUUGCCAGCCCGAUCGCAUCAGAAGAAUGCGUGAUACUGGCAAUAUCCGCCAUGCAUCGGUCAGAAGGCAGAGAAAAAAACAAAUUGAAGACAUUAAUCGAACUAUAACAGCCAAUGAUCCUACUGAUAAUGAAACUAUGGUUGAUGGCUGUAUUUACGGCUGCCAAAGCCGUUUCGGUCCCAAACAUGAGGGAAUAACAUUACAUACUGACGCAUGUAUACUAAAUAGAAAUAAACAAGCACAAUUGAAAAGUAAUUCAGUACCGACAAAAUGUAAACAUCCAAUAACCUCAAAGGAUGACGGUCAGUGUGGAUCUCUGUCCGGCACUAGGGCUCUGCCGGCAGCUGUUGAGGUCAAAACAGAGCUGGAGUCAGAUGUCUCUGAUAUUGAACCGGAAUCAAAUGUGUCUCCGCAUCAAUCAGACGUAUCAUUCAUCAAUAUCUACGAUAAGAGAUUUGAAAUUAAUGAAAAUGACCUCCUAGGUACAGUAAAACACAACACCCACGUGGAAAUAAAACAGGAGAAAGAUGACACAGAAGAUGGCGUGGUGCAGGCCUGCUCAAGAAAUGACUCUACCAACGCGGACAACUCUCUUGUAUCUCAUCUGCUGUCACAGAAAUGAAGACUGCCAUGAAUGUGGAAGUCAGGAAUCAUGAAACUGACUUAUUGACAAUGAUGUACAAAAAAGUAUUUGAAAUAAAAAAUACUUUUAAAUUAAGUAUUAUACAAAAUACUUUCAGAAAUGCAUUUGAAAUACUAGAUACAAAAUAGGUAUUUUAUAAAUACUUACAUUAUAAAAAAAUACAAAUACAUUUGUAUGAAAACAACAUUUGAAUUUGAGUUUUUUUUUUUCUUUUUUAUAGCUCUAAUUAUAGAGUACUAAAUUGACAGUGAUGUACAAAAUACCCUGUAUAAAGUAUUUGGAAUACAAAAUACUUUUAAAUUAAGUAUUAUUCGAAAUACUUUCAGGUGUGUAUUUGAAAUACUAGAUACAAAAUAGGUAUUUUAUUAAUACUUACUUUAUUAAAAAAAAAUACAAAUACAUUUGUAAGAAAACGACAUUUGAAUUUGAGUAUUUUUAU